AUGUAUCCAAAUAGGCAGAUGUUGACAGUCAUUGACACUGAUGUCUAUAUCAUAAGAGAGCAGGAAGAAGUGAAAACGCCUUCGGACGUGAUUCCGACGAUCAAUAUCGACAGUAUUGAAAGAGAGGAACGAAUCGAGAAAAAAACAAAGCUAUGGAUAAAAACGGCCGCCCCAUUCAUAGCACAUUAUAUAACUCUGCUUAUAAUAGGGUUAUGUGUUUGGGGUAUGUUGUGGUGUAUAUGGGGAGAUGGCUGGAGUUGGAACGGACAGUGGUUCCGAAUAACCAUAGUUGGCGUCGUGGCGUGGGGUAGUGGCCUGAUCCUUCAGGAAAUAACCACACUACCGCCACUUCUAGCGGCCUUGUUCACUGGGAUCUUAGCUAGAUAUGUCGGUUUUCUCGAUAUGCGUCACCAUAUUGAAGUUGAUAUGUUUCUACGGAAAAUAUAUCCAGUGAUUAUCUUAGGGAAGGGAUCUUUGGCCUGGAACGUCGACUAUAUGAAGCAAAAUUGGCGGCAAAUCAUACUUUUAGGGACUGUACCCUGGACUACAGAGGUGGUGGUUCUUACACUGUGUGUGCAUUAUUUUCUUGGGUUUCCCUGGUUGUGGGGAAUUCUAUUGGGGGCAGUAUAUGCAUCUGUAUCUUGCCCGGUUACAAUGCCUUCAGUGAUCAAACACGGCAAACUCUCCACAGGCACAGUAGAAUGGGCUCAGCUUAUUUGCACGUCAGGAGGUUUAGACACAGCCCUUAGUGUCGGAGUCUAUGGCAUUACGUACACAUACAUAUUUGUCCAAGAAGAUAGUGACGUUUAUCGAUAUGUUAAGGCUGGAUUAACGAUGUUCGUUGGCGCAGCGCUGGGUAUCAUCUGGGGCAGCCUGAGCAAACUAGUGCCGAAUUCUAAGGACUUUUACGUUACAGAACUACGUGUCUUAUUCGUAAUAGUCGGAGGACUAUUUGGUAACGUCUUGACUGGAGCAAUUGGCUGGACUGGAACUGGUGGAGUAGCAGUGUUAGCGUGCAACGCAACCGCCGCUAUGCACUGGGCCAAAAAAGGAUGGAAACUAAAUCAAAAUCCAGCAGCAACCGCCUAUAAAGUGUUAUGGUCAGGACUCGAGCCUCUGGUGUUUGCUUACACAGGAACCUAUUUUGUGAUUAGGCACAGUAUAACAAAGACGAUGCUUGUGGGUUUAGGAAUUUUGUGCAUUUGCUUAACAAUUAGACUCUCGAUCGCAUUUCUUAUGUGCAGGAAUCUCAAAUUAAAGGAUAAAAUAUUCGUUUGUUGUACAUGGAUACCAAAAUCAGUAGUGGAGGCAGUUCUUUGUCCUCUUGCAAUAAAUACCGUACUUAUGUCGCAAGGAUCUCAUGCGCAUGAAUUACCGUACGCCGAGGAUAUUGUGCUACUUCUUGUAGAAGCUAUUAUAGUAACGACCCCCAUUGGGUUCCUUCUGACUGAUAAAUUGGGACCAUGGUUAAUAAUAGAUAAGAAAACUUGUGACGGAAAUGAACCAAAGCCUAAAAGAAGAAAACCCAUCGCAGCUGUAUCAAGUGAUGCUUAA